AUGGGAUGCGAAGAGUCGAAGGUCGGCAGUUCCUGCGUCGAACCCUUACCCGCGGUCACUUACUGGGACCCUUCGAGCUACUACGACGCCGGAGAGGUCGCCCGGGAGAGACCGCCUUUCGCACUGCUGAUACUGAACCAAAAAAUCACCAACAAGUUUUUUACUGCGUUGUGGAAAAACACGACGGUGCGUGUUUGCGCAGAUGGAGGUGCAAAUAGGUUGUUCGAUUUCUUGAGCUCGAAAGAGAGACCAAAAUUUCUUCCCAAUACGAUAAUCGGAGACCUCGAUUCGCUCCGUCCCGAUGUGCGAGCCUACUACGAGUCCCGAGGCGUCGAAGUAUCUCAAGAUGCAGACCAGAACUCGACAGACUUCGGCAAAUGCAUGCGCUACAUCGCGACCCAUGACCCGCCAGAUUCCUUCGUGACACCCAACACGGUCGAAGCAUCACUUACCGCCGAGGGCGUGAGAGUCGAGCAUCCCAAGUUGACUGUUGUCGCGCUCGGGGCAGUCGGCGGGAGAGUUGAUCAGAGUUUUCAUUCUAUUCACAUGCUGUUCACUGCACAGCAAGGGCCGGGUCUGGGGCGACAGAUAUACCUCUUCAGCGAUCAGAACGUGACGUUCCUGCUCGCACCGGGGAGGAAUACUGUGAAGACUCCACGGUCGCUGUUGGGACCGUGUUGCGGUAUCAUUCCCGUCGGCGGCCCUUCGACCAUCUCUACCGAGGGGUUCGAGUGGAAUUUGACCAAUACCGAAACGAAGUUUGGCGGAAUGGUGAGCACUAGUAAUCACACCAUCGACGACGUCGUCAAGAUCGAAACGACGGAGCCCAUCGUGUUUACCAUUGAAUUCCUUGGAUGUCUUUGA